UCCCCCAAGUCCCAACACACAACACACUCAUAACAUACUUCCAAUCUCUCUCUCUCUCUCACCAAAUUUGCAGAAAACCCUCGAAUUCUCUGCAUGCUCACAUGCAGUGCAAGUGCGACAAAGCAUCACCUCUUCUAACUUGAUAUAUUCUUGAACACUAGCUAAACCCAAACAUUCUCAUUGAUCUCACAAGAAUCCAAAGAGUUAGGAAGCAAAUGGGAAACGCAGAGAUUGAACUCCAACAGCAGCGUGUGGGGGUAGAGAUGCCUCCAACAAAACCCUUUCUCCAAACCCUAAAAUCAUCCCUCAAAGAGACACUCUUCCCCGACGACCCCUUCAAGCAGUUCCACAACCAGCCGCUCUCGAGCAAGCUCGUGCUCGCCCUCCAGUACUUCGUCCCCAUCCUCGAGUGGGCCCCACGCUACACCUUCGACUUCUUCAAAGCCGACUUCAUCGCCGGGAUCACCAUUGCUAGCCUUGCAGUUCCUCAGGGCAUCAGCUACGCCGGCUUGGCCAGCUUGCCCCCCGUUAUAGGCUUAUAUUCGAGUUUUGUGCCGCCGCUGAUAUAUGCAAUGCUGGGGAGCUCGAGGGACUUGGCCGUCGGGACCGUGGCGGUGCCGUCGCUGCUGAUCACAUCAAUGGUGGGGAAAGAGGUUAAUCCUCAUGAAAACCCUAAGCUCUAUGUGCAGCUGGUUUUGGCUGCCACUUUCUUUGCUGGAGUUUUACAAGCCUCCUUAGGCUUGCUAAGGCUGGGAUUUAUUGUGGAUUUUCUCUCACAUGCAACAAUUGUGGGGUUUAUGGGUGGGGCUGCCACAGUUGUGUGUUUGCAGCAAUUGAAGGGCAUUCUUGGACUUGUGCACUUCACUCAUGAAGCUGAUCUUGUUUCAGUCAUGAAAUCUGUAUUUUCUCAGAUGCAUAUGUGGAGAUGGGAAAGUGGAGUGUUAGGGUGUUGUUUCCUCUUCUUCCUCUUCAUCACUAGAUACUUUAGCAGAAAAAAACCAGUAUUUUUCUGGAUAAAUGCUUUGGCGCCUCUCACGUCUGUUAUAUUGGGAAGUGUUCUGGUUUAUUUCACCCACGCAGAGAAACAUGGUGUCGAAAUUAUCGGACAUCUGAAGCAAGGGCUGAACCCGCAAUCAGUGUCCGAGCUGACGACCACGUUCGGGUCGACUCAUCUCAUGACAGCGAUGAAGACGGGAGUCAUCAUCGGUGUCAUCGCCCUUGCUGAAGGGAUAGCAGUAGGAAGAAGCUUCGCGGCGUUCAAGAGCUACCAUAUAGACGGAAACAAAGAGAUGAUCGCGAUUGGAAUGAUGAACAUCGUAGGUUCCUGCACAUCUUGCUACUUAACCACAGGUCCGUUCUCGAGGACAGCGGUGAAUUUCAAUGCAGGAUGCAAGACUGCAGUCUCCAACAUCGUCAUGGCGACUGCAGUGAUGCUAACCUUGCUGUUUCUAACACCGCUGUUCCACUACACGCCCCUAGUUGUGCUAUCUGCCAUCAUCAUGGCGGCGAUGAUCACCCUCAUAGACUAUGCAGCCGCCAUCCACUUGUGGGCAAUUGACAAAUUCGACUUCAUCAUCUGCAUUAGCGCGUACGUAGGAGUUGUCUUUGGCAGUGUGGAAACUGGACUACUUAUCGCGGUGGCUAUAUCCCUACUUCGUGUACUAUUGUUCGUAGCAAGGCCAAGGACCUGUAUCAUGGGUAAUAUUCCUAAUUCCAUGGCAUACAGAAGCAUCGAACAAUACCCAAAAGCAAACUACGUUCCUGGGAUUCUCGUACUUAAUAUCAGCGCUCCAAUCUACUUUGCCAAUGCAAAUUACUUAAGAGAAAGGAUCUCGAGAUGGAUGGAUGAAGAGGAGGAGAAGCUAAAGUGUGCACAAAAGCACGACCUGCAAUACGUAAUAUUAGAUAUGAGUGCUGUAGGAAGCAUUGAUACAAGUGGAAUCAGCAUGCUCGAAGAAGUCAAGAAAAUUGCUGACACGAGAUGCAUUAAGCUUGUGUUAGCUAACCCCGGAGGAGAAGUGGUGAAGAAGUUACACAAAUCAAAGAUAAUUCAUACAAUUGGGCAAGAAUGGAUCUACCUGACAAUUGGAGAAGCUGUGAGCGCCUGCAACUUCAUGCUUCAAGCAUGUAAACCAAAAUCUAAGGCAGUUGAAUGUGAGGCAGCAGAUGAUCAAGUCUGAUGUCACGGAAACCAGUUUCCUUCCACAGCGAGAGGGACCAUUUCUGCAGAUGAAGCUCCGAAAGUCUUCUAAAAUUCGGAAGCAUCAACAACUCAAUGAUUGUAAAAUAGUAUGGUUGCAAAGUCGGGGAUGUGGUAGAGCAAGAUGUCCUAGUAGGCAUUAGAUAAUUGUUGUGGUUUAUCUUUUCCUUGAAGCAAUUCAGGAGAAAUAUUUCUUCAUUCCAAA